AUGCCAUUCUACGCUCCCAAUUGGGUGCCAAAACUGCCUUUUGAGAUACCUGACUCAAUCUCGGUAGACAAAUUCAUUUUAGACGAGAACUUUGAUCGUCAUCCUUUGGGAUACUCAAGACCGCCAUUCAUUUGCGGAAUCACCGGCAAAGAGUAUAGCGCAUUGGAAGUCAAAGAACGCGUUGACUUUCUGGCCAGAGGGUUGAGUAAUGAGCUUGGUUUUCAUCCCAACCAGGGAUCUGAAUGGGACAAGGUUAUCGGUCUCUUCAGUAUCAACACAAUCGACACUUUGACUCUCGCUUGGGCAACUCACCGUAUUGGAGGUAUUCAGACACCGGCCAAUGCAGCCUAUACAGUUCAGGAACUAGAGCACCAAUUGCGAGACUCUGGUGCCAAAUGUCUUUUCACCUGUUCACCGUUACUGGACCUCGCGUUGCAAGCGGCAAAGAGUGUCGGGAUUGCAGAGAACCGCAUCUUCUUGCUAGAUGUACCUCAAGCCGUUGCCGGCAAGAAGAGAGACGGAUACAAAACCCUUGACCAAUUGAUUGAUCAGGGUCAGAAGCUGGCGAAAAUAGAGGGCCUCGAAUGGUCUAAAGGCGAGGGCGCUAGACGGACAGCGUUCCUCUGCUACAGUUCAGGAACUUCGGGCCUUCCGAAAGGUGUUAUGAUCAGUCACAAGAAUGUUAUCGCCAAUGUACUCCAGAUGCGAGCCUUCGAGGAUCCAUGGAGGAAAACGCUCAUUGAACCUGGUAACCAAUCUGAUUACACGGAGAAUGUCCUUGGACUGCUGCCACUCAACCACAUCUAUGCUCUGAUCGUCGUCGCCCAUCUCGGUGCAUACCGUGGCGACGGCGUCGUUGUCCUGCCAAAGUUCGAAUUCAAGAGUUUCCUCGAAACGAUACAAACACACAAGAUCAGCAACUUGUACUUGGUACCGCCAAUCAUCAUCACGAUCACCAAGUCGCGAGACGUGGUGAAGCAAUAUGACCUUUCUUCCGUCAAGAGCAUCUUUACUGGUGCAGCCCCGCUAGGAGAGGAGACGGCGCAAGACUUGCAGUCUAUGUUUCCUACCUGGGCAAUCAGACAAGGUUACGGAAUGACUGAAAGUGCAACCGUGGUGUGUUCCACAAUCCCGAGCGAUGUGUAUUUCGGAUCGUCGGGAAGCUUGCUGCCGGGCAUUGAAGCGCGAAUCGUCACUCCCGAAGGUGAGGAAAUAACGGAAUACGAUACACCUGGAGAGUUGAUUGUCAAAGGCCCCGCUGUGACGCUGGGCUAUCUCAACAACCAAAAGGCUACGGAUGAGACAUUCGUGGAUGGUUACCUCAGAACAGGAGAUGAGGCAGUGGUUAGAAAGCAUCCAAAGUCUGGCCAUGAGCACAUCUUCAUCGUGGAUAGACUAAAGGAGCUCAUCAAGGUCAAGGGUUUGCAAGUCGCGCCAGCCGAGCUUGAGGCUCAUCUGUUGACGCACCCAGCUGUGAACGAUUGCGUCGUUAUUGGCGUGCCCUCAGACCGGGAGGGAGAAGUGCCUAAGGCGUUCGUCGUAAAAUCUCCCUCUGUCGGGCUCGAGGAGUCUGACAGAAUGGUUGCCCGAGACAUCGCUCGUCAUGUGGAGCAACACAAAGCGAAGCACAAGUGGCUGAAGGGUGGAAUCGAGUUCAUAGACAUCGUGCCCAAAUCGCCAUCGGGCAAGAUUCUGCGUCGUCUCUUGAGGGACAAAGAGAAGGAGAAGAGAAGGGCUGCAGGAGCGAAGUUGUAA